AUGUGUUCGAUUGUAUUCGACUACAAAUUGAACACAAAACCAAGUGGAAAACAAAUGCUUUUGCUUACAUUGAGGUUUUAUGCUACGGGAAGUAUGUUGAGGACAGUAGGAGAUUUAUUUGGAGUAUCUCAAAGUACGGUAUCAAGAGUUAUAACAGUAGUGUCGCACCACAUAGCCCAAUUAAAAGACCAUCACAUUUAUAUGCCAAAAACGGAAAUAGACCUGAAAAAGUCCCAGAGAGACUUUUUUAAAUUAGCUAAAUUUCCUCGAGUGAUCGCAGCAAUUGAUUGCACUCAUGUAAAAAUAAUUUCUCCAGGUGGGGAAGAUGCAGAGCUAUUUCGUAAUAGAAAAGGUACAUUUUGCAUCAACGUCCAGACGUUAUGUGAUAGUAAUCUCCGCAUCAUAAACAUCGUUGCACGGUGGCCUGGAUCCACUCAUGAUGCUACUAUUUUCCGUAACUCUCGGAUUCAUUGUCGAUUAGAAUCUGGAGAAUUUGGUUCUGGAAUAGUAGUUGCAGACAGUGGUUAUGAAAAUAACCACUUCGUAAUUACGCCACUAAUGCAUGUCAAUACGAGUGCCGAAAAUCUUUCUAACGAGUCUCAUAUAAGAACCCGGAAUUGUAUCGAGCGCUCAUAUGGAGUCUGGAAGCGUAGGUUUCCGGUAUUAUCACUGGGUUUGCGCUUGCAUCUAGCAAAAACCCAAAGCAUUAUUGUUGCAACAGCAGUAUUACACAACAUCUGCUGCAAUAAUCGCGAUAUAAUGGCUCCGCCACUUUCAAAUGAAAUUGAAGAUGUUGUAAACAAUAUGAUUAAUCAGAGUUCGUAA